CAUCCCACCUUGCCGCUCCGCGGGAGCAGGCCCGCAUGCGGGACGACGAAGCUGAACAGCGGCAAGCACACCAGCGGACCGACCAGCGCAUCCUUCGCUGGUUCACAGCCGUCCAUCUCACCCUCUGUCUCUUCCACGGCCUCGCCUGCUUCGGCCUCGCCAUCAUCGAGCUCGCCACCGCCGCCCGCCCCUGCCACUACGUCCGCACGUGGACCGCGCUCUACCUCGCCUUUGUUCCGCUCUAUUUGCUGGUGCAGAUUGCGUCGUCGGUUGCCGAUCGGCAGCACUCCCAGGCCUGGGCCACCACCCGCUACCUGCUCUCGGCAACCAACGGGCUGGCGUAUGUUCUGCAGAUCAUCGGCUACUUUGUGCUCAUCUUUGCUGUCCUCGCCUCGGCAGAUCGCUUUGCCAACCGCGCCCGCGGCAUCUUGCCUUGCCAGUCGACCAACCCGCCCCUCUACUACGCUGCCGUCACGGUUGCGGUCGUCUCGGCGUUCUUUCUCGUCACCAUCGCCGCCACAGCCUGCGGCUUCUUUGGCCUCAUCCUCGCCCGCAGCAUUGCAAGCGCCAACCACCACCAGGUGCUCCGGCGCGCCGAGUCGCUUCGGUUUGCCGCCGCUGGCGUCCCAGACCCCAACGCCACCGAGUCGCGCUAUGGCAUUUCGCGCGCCUUUAUCGACGCGCACCUCCCGGCACGCACACUACCACCCGCGCCGCCGGCGGGCCUGCGGCGGACCGGCGCGCACUCGGCAGCAAGCUCCAGCUCGAGCGUAGACAUCGCCUCGGACCGCAUGUGCGCCAUCUGCCUCUCGAGCCUCACGACCCGGGCUGAGCUCGACGACGAGCGUGAGCACGAGCCGGCCGCGGUCGCGCUGGCGAGCUCAAUGCGUGAGCUGCCGUGUGGACACGGCUUUCACGCCGUGUGCAUCGACCCAUGGCUAGCACGCGCCCGGCUCUGUCCGCUCUGCAAGGCCAACAUCCCCAACGGGAUCGAGGCGCAGCUUGCGCACGAGCCCGAGGCCGAAGCCACAGACGCUGCGCUGACGUCGGCGUCGGCUUCGGCGUCAUCCUCCAGCAGUUUGUCCGGCGCGCCCGGCCCCUCGAACGCGGUUUGACUCCUCCGUCCGUUCUUGCGCUGUCGCUGGCCUCCUCAGUCCGAUGCGAGCAGCUGCACGAGCGAGCCGCCGGCCGAGAGUAUGUCACGGGCUCGACGGAACUCGUAGACAAGGCGCCGGAGCGAAUCGGGCGAGACCUGGCGGGUGACGUUUUGGUACGGCGUCCGCGGGCGCUCGAUGACAAACACAGUGUCGUCAUCAAACUUGUGGGCCUCCUUGGACGUCACGCCGCCGUGGCGGAUGGAGAUGCGAUGCGCGUCGUAGUCAAAUGCCGCGAGCCACUCGAAGAAGGCGACGAGCAUGCUGCCGAGGUCUUCAUCGGCAGCUGGCGUGGCAGCCGAGGCGUGGUCGGCUGCAGCAAUGCGCUCGUGCGAGGCGUUGGCGACCGGACCGGCGGCGGCGGCAGUCGCCAGCUCAGCCUCAACCUCUGGCAGCUCCUCGAUGACCGGCACAACGCCCGAGGAUUGGAGAAAGGCGAUGCCAAGAACAGUGAGGCCGAACGAGUUGAUGGUUCCGGUGUAGGCGUUGUUGAUGUUCCUCGCCUUGGCCCAAGACCGGAUGGCAAAGAGCAGCGGCGGAAUGCGGGCAUCGAGGCUGAGAUACGUGGUAAAGACCUUGUUGAUCUCGA